AUGGAGGAGGAUGACUUAGAGUUCGAAGGACCAGUCGAAUCGCGAGUCGCGGCCACCAACGGUCAAGAAGCUGCCGCCGCCGCGCGCACAAAGAUCUCGUCUGACCGUUUGAAGUCUGGCGGUGCGGUCUCGACGGGAUCCGAUGGGGGAGGCGGGGGAGGGGAGGUGGAGGAGGUUGAAAGGGAGGAGGAGGAGGUGGAUAUAUAUCCUAUGGAAGAUGAGCAGGUGGGAUUGUUGGCUUCAUUCCCGGCUGCUGUGGCAGCAGCAGACGACCAUGCCACCACCACGAUUCUCACUCUCCGUGCCUGCGUGGAGGAGAAGGAUGCCGCUAUCAAGAAGCUGCAGUCACAAUUGGAUGAAGCACACGCGGAUCUGCACAAGUGGCGCUCGGCCUUCCAUCCUGCCAACAUCCUUGCGCCUGAGACCACCGCUGAGCCAGCAGCGGUGGUGGUGGCGUUUGAGGCAGUGCGGGAGGCAGAGGCGCAGGUGCAGGAGAAGCUUCUGGCAGCUCGGAGGAGGGAGGCCGCCAUGUUGAUACGGCUGGCAGGCAGGGAGCAGGAGGUGGUUGCUGUCAAGGAGCAGCUGCAGCAGGUGUUGGAGAGCAUGCAGCCUGCCAGCACGCAGACUCGCUCACUGCUGCUAGAUGCGGCCAUACACGCCGAGUUCAAACGACUCAAGACCGAGAGCGAGGCCCUGGAGCGGCGGGUGAGGGAGCUACAAGACGACCUGGCGGCGGUGCAGUUCACACCGCACAGCAAGAACGGCAAGAUGCUGAUGGCUAAGUGUCGCACGCUGCAGGAGGAGAACGAGGACAUUGGCAGGGAGGCCGCUGAGGGGAAGGUGCGCCUGGGGGAGGUGGCAUCUGGUGUGCAGUAG